UCACCUCAUUGUGAUUCUUAUCGGAUUCCCCGAACAAUCGAAGACCUCGGUGCUCCACAUGUGCUCCCUCUUCCACGCCUUCAUCUUUGCCCAGCUGUGGACGGUAUACUGCGAGCAGGCCGCCAUCGCUCCAACUGUCCAGAACCAGAACGAGUUCAGCUUCACGGCCAUCCUGACAGCACUGGAGUUCUGGAGCCGCGUCACUCCCAGCGUCCUCCAGCUGAUGGCGCACAACACUGUGAUGGUAGAGAUGGUCUGCCUGCAUCUGAUCAGCUUAAUGGAGGCUCUACAGGAAUGCAAUUCCACCGUCUUUGUUAAACUGAUUCCUAUGUGGUUACCGAUGAUCCAAUCAAAC